AAAUGCUUUUCUGUCCAGUGUACCUGCCUGCUUGUCUUGCAGGCGAUCAACAUUGGAGUAAGUCGCAAAAAGAUGUCGUUCCAGGUUUCUGCAUUUAAAAAAAAUAUAUAUAAAUACUGAAAACAUUGUGGAAGACGUUUGAACAUUGUUUGCCACGAAACGCACUUUCUGUUCAUGGAAAAAGCAGGUUUUCAUUCCAACCGUCUUGCCAUGUGUGGAACAACAAACCGACAAGUCUCACCCCACUUCUCUUGAAUUGGCUUACCAAGUUUAUAGGCUCAGCAUUGGCACAAAUCAACAACUCUAAGAUCAAUUAGACACCGUGCAAACGUUUAUCAUCUUCGAAUGUUGGCUUUACCAUACCAUGACUCAAUCUAAGUCUAGUAGCCCCACCUAGUGGCAGGGUAUCACAGCACUUUGUUUUGACAGAUACCUUUUGUCAAACAGCAUUAGCCAAUCGCUCAUACUGGUUAUUAUGAGUGAUGGGAAUGCAUACACCAUCUGUGGAAAUGACACUAGUGGAGUAGGUGAAGCAGAUGAAGCUGCAGUGGAACAAGAGGUUGACUCUCAGUCCAGACUCAAGGGACUAUGUCAGACUGGCAGCUCCAGUGGAAAUGGAAAGAGAACCUGGUCUGGGGUCAAGCCCUCUCCCAAGUCCUCCAACUCUGAUGACACUGAUGCCUGCAGUAGCUCCCAUAACGGAAAGGACUCUGCCAUGGAGACAACCGAGAGCAAAAGCUCCAAUUCCCACAGCCCGUCCCCUCCCAACAGCUCCAUGGCCUACAGUCUGCUGAGUGGCAGCUCAGAACAGGACAACCCGUCCACCAGCGGCUGUAGCAGUGACCAGCCGGCCAGGCUGCAGACCCAGAGGGAGCUGCUCAAGGCCCUGAAGGAGCUAAAGAUCCGCAUGCCUGCUGACCAGCGUUCGAAAGGUCGCUCCAGCACUCUGGCCUCUCUGCAGUAUGCACUCAACUGUGUCAAACAAGUCAGAGCUAAUCAGGAGUAUUACCAUCAGUGGAGUGUGGAGGAGAGCCACGGUUGUAGCCUGGACCUUUCAGCCUUCACCACAGAGGAACUGGACAACAUCACCUCUGAAUACACCCUUCAAAACACGGACACAUUCUCUGUGGGAGUAUCAUUCCUCUCGGGGAAGGUGGUGUACAUCUCCCCCCAGGCUUCUCCCAUGUUGCGCACUAAGCCUGAGCGACUCCAGGGGGCCCUCUUCUCUGAGCUGCUGGCCCCCCAGGAUGUCAGCACUUUCUACAGCAGCACCGCUCCCUGCCGCCUCCCCCCCUGGUCCUCCUGUACGGGCUCUUCCUUGAACUCGCCUGUGGACUGCACCCAGGAGAAAUCCAUGUUCUGUCGUAUCAGCGGGGGCAGGGACAGCGAGGGGGAGGUCCGCUACUACCCCUUCCGUAUGACCCCCUACCAGCUGACACUGGGGGACUCGGAGGAGUUCCAGCCCUGCUGCCUGCUCAUCGCUGAGAGGGUGCACUCAGGAUACGAAGCUCCCCGAAUCCCAGCGGACAAGAGGAUCUUUACCACCAGCCAUACCCCGAGCUGUGUGUUCCAGGAGGUCGACGAACGGGCGGUGCCGUUGCUGGGUUACCUGCCCCAGGACCUGGUUGGGACUCCUGUACUCAUGUACCUCCACCCUGAUGACAGGCCUGUCAUGGUGGCUAUCCAUAAAAAGAUUCUUCAGUCCGCUGGGCAGCCCUUUGAACACUCGCCCCUGCGGAUGUGUGCCCGGAACGGGGAGUAUCUCACCAUUGACACCAGCUGGUCGUCUUUCGUCAACCCCUGGAGCCGCAAAGUGGCGUUCAUCGUCGGUCGACACAAAGUCAGAACGAGUCCCCUGAACGAGGACGUGUUCACGCCUAGCGUGGAGGUGGAGGCCCGGGCCAUGUCUCCAGAGGUCCCCAGGCUCAGCGAGCAGAUCCACCGCGUGCUGGUGCAGCCAGUCCACCGCGGUGGCUCCCAGGGCUACUGCAGCUCCCAUGGGUUCCAUCGUCAGAGGCCCGGCCCUGGCUCCUCUUCAGGCAGCAACAGCCCCACCGCCAAGGAUAUCACCCUGAUGACCACCCAGAGAUCACAGCAGAUGACAUUCCAGCAGAUGUGUAAAGACGUCCACAUGGUGAAGACCAACGGUCAGCAGGUCUUUAUCGAGUCCCGCAACCGGCCGCCUCUCCGCAGACAUGGAGCUCUGGUGGGGCAAAAUAAUUUAAACAAGGGUCCUACUAGAGCUCUGGGACCAAUUAAAACCCUGGCCUCUGUGCAUUCAAGGAAAGAGCCUUCAGCCAGCUACUCAUACCAGCAGAUCAACUGUCUGGACAGCAUCGUACGCUACCUGGAGAGUUGUAAUGUCCCCAACACAGUGAAGAGGAAGUGUGGCUCCUCCUCCUGCACCACAUCCUCAACGUCAGACGAUGACAAGCAGAGGGAGUUACCUGGAACAGCCAAAGAGCUGGAAGGGCCGCGGGGCAACGAUGCAUCUAAAGGAGGGCCUCAUAUGAGUCCUUUGGCGCUGCACUGCAAGGCUGAGAGUGUGGUCUCUGUCACGUCUCAGUGCAGCUUCAGCAGCACCAUCGUCCACGUCGGGGACAAGAAGCCUCCUGAGUCAGAUAUUGUCAUGAUGGAGGAGAACCCAACCACCUCCACACCCACCUCCCCAGCCACUCCCAACACCGUCACCACGGCAGUGACCCCCCAGCCCACGGUCCUGACCAACGCAGCAACACGCAGCCACGCCCAGCCCGAGAAGGACGACCGCAGGUCGGCUGGAUGCUCCGGGCGCCUCGGUCUGACCAAGGAGGUGCUGUCUGCCCACACCCAGCAGGAGGAACAGGUGUUCCUGAGUCGCUUCCAGGACCUGGGUGAACUCUGCAUGCUGGACCCCGGCUCUCCUUCACAGAGAGGACACACCGCCACGCCCAAAGGGGUCCGUAGCUCACAGGACUACCCAGCUGGCGCCAAUGGCCGGAGGAGGGGCCGCGGGGGCAAACGGCUGAAGCACCAUCAAGAGGGCUCCCAGCAUGGCCAGUCCGGCUCGGGGGUCAACAGUCGUUCCAGAAGGGAGCGGCACCAAGGCCUCACACUACCCACGGGCCAGCCCCUGAUGAUGCAGGGACCCCAGACCUCGUCCUCCUCCUGGCCCACAUCCGUGGCCUCUCAGGCCAGCCUCCCACCCGCCGUCCCUCAGUACCCUCCGGGAGUCCUGCCCUUCUUCCCCCUCUACCCCCAGCAACUCCUGGGCCACACUGGGGUGAACCCCAACAUGCAGUUGGGCUACCCCAGCCCCCAGCCGGGCUUCCAGUUCCCCCUGCACAGCAGCCAGAUACCCAUGGCCAUGGCUCCGCCGAUGAUGGUUGUCCUGCCCAACUUCAUGUUCCCUCAGCUCAACGGAGGUGUACCGCAGCUGGGUCAGCUCAACGCUGCCCUCCCCACAGCGUAUAACACCGCCAUACCUCACCUUAGCCCCCCUAUGCCUGGCAUGACACAGCUUAACCCGGCCAUCCCACUAGCGCAUCUCAACCCCGGCUUGGCUCAGUUCAGCCCCGCCAUGGCGCCGAUGAAUGGCGUGCCUCAGUUGAAUCCUGCCCUAACUCAGCUCGGCCAGUCACAGCUCAACCCUGCUCUGUCCAUCAUCCCCCAGCGCUUCUACAAUCCCUGUCCGACGUUACCUUUCCCAAACCCUGCCCCGGUUCCCGGGCUCCAUGGCGCUGCCUUACCCGGAAUGGAUCCCACGUUUGUCAGGCGCAGCCACUCCCGUUCCAGCACUCCUCAGUCGACGGGCCAAGCCCCCCUGGAGGGGACGGACUCGCCACUGUUCCAGUCCCGAUGCUCGUCGCCCUUAAACUUGCUGCAGCUGGAGGAGUUGCCAGGCAGCCGUCCGGAAGCUGCGUCGGCAGGGCCGCGGCAGACCCCGCCCCCGCCCGGCUCGGCAUCUCAGGUUGGAGGUCAAGGCUCUGUCAACUGCUGCGGUAUGAAGGAAGAUGCCAAAGAGGACUACAACGCGGAUGCCGAUGACCAGGAUGCCAUGUCCACCUCCAGUGAGCUACUGGACCUGCUGCUACAGGAGGACGCCUGCUCAGGCACCGGCUCAGCUGCCUCUGGCUCUGGGUCCUCGGGUUCUGGCUCCAACGGAUGCAGCACGUCGGGGAGUGGCACAAGAAGCAGCAACACCAGCAAGUACUUCGGCAGCAUCGACUCGUCCGAGAACGACCACUCCCAUAAGCAGACAGCAGGGGGUGCUGAAGAAGCCCAGCUGUUGAAGUAUGUCCUUCAGGACCCCAUCUGGCUCCUCAUGGCCAACACGGACGAUAAGGUUAUGAUGACCUACCAAAUGCCCACCAGGGACCGGGAGACUGUUCUAAGGGAGGAUCGUAUGGUACUGCGGGCAGUGCAGAAAAAGCAGCCGCACUUCACUGAGGAGCAGAAGAGAGAGCUAAUCCAGGUCCACCCCUGGAUGGGCACUGGACGACUGCCACAGGCCAUCCACUGUCCUACUUGCACAGGGUGUGGUUCUCCCCCCACUGCCUCUGCCCCACGUACCUUUGAAGUGGACCUGCAGGACAUGACGGAGGUCCUUCAGCUACAGGAGGAGGGUGGCGCGUCCCCAGAGAGGCCUGUUACCAUGGCGACAGACACUGGCAACACUGCCGUGGCAGCAACACAAGGCCCCCAGACUGAUGCUUGAGGGGGACACUAAGGAACUGGCAUCGUUGUUGUAACACACAAAGUGGGGGGUUCUAUGUGGCAAAACAGGUCCACGCCUUCUGUCAGUCUGUGCUGUUUAAAGACGCGAAAAGGGAGGAGGAGCCAAAGAAUAGCGAAUCCUGUGCAAAUGCAUGGGGAAUGUAUCUCAUUGUACAUGAGGUGUGCAUAUUACAUACUGAAUGUAUUUUGGAAUGGAAAGACAGGCGUGUUGUAUAUAUUUUAUGUUUUGUGCCUGGACCCAAGUCAAAUUCCAUCUGUAAUUCACUAGGUUGAGGUCUUUCUUUCCUAUAGUUUACCAAUUAUUGCGUGUAUCAACGCAAUAUAAUUUUUGUUCAGUGUCCAUAUUGGAAAAUUGUCAAAUCUGGAGUGAAAACGUUUCAAUCCAAAAAUUCAUGUUGAAAAAUAUUUUGUAGAAUACUUGUAAGUAAUUUCAGAUGAUAUACUGUGUAUAUAGUAUAUUGCAGUACACCAUCCAGGAGAGGGUAUACUGCAGCUUAUAAUGGCCUGGUUAGUCAUGUCAUAAAUGUCUCUGGACAAACAGAAAAUUACCAUUUAUGACAUGACCAUAAUUAUUGAUGUCAUAAAAGGUAAAUACAUUGUAGAUUGGAACUGUCUGCUGCAAUCAUUGUAAAAAUAUGUAACAUUUUAGAAAUUGGGAACAUGUUCUGACUAUUUUAUCUCCUCCAGAGACAUACAGAAAAUAGACAAUUCCUAAAGAGCAUGUUAAAAGAAAUACCCACUUAUUUGUUGGAGUCUGGUAUAUUUUUUUUUUUACAGAAACCAUCUCUGAUUUGUCAGGAGCAGAGGUGGGUGUUUCCAUGGUAACAGUACAGAUUGAGCUAGUUUUUCUUGAUGCGACCAGGACAGUGAUGAGACAGAGCAGUUUAGGGGUGACUCCGCUUUAUGAGAGCAGACCUUCAUAAAUCAGAAGGCCAAUGGAUUUUAGUGUUCUGCCCUUCAUUCUUUCUUUUUCCUCUGUUACUGCUGUUUGUCCUUGGAUUUGUCAUUAGUACAACCCUUUGGGGAAUUUUGUUGAAAUUAAUAUAAAAAAUGAAAUGCA